AUAAUAAUAUUAAAUUAUCUAUAAAACCUAUUUCGGCUGGUUGUGUGCUGGUUGUACUAGAUCACAGCGUGUGAGAACGGACUAGUUUUCAAUCCCUUAAUACAUUGUAUGAACAACCAAAAUGUACCAUAAGAUGCAGUGUGAAAAGCUCUACAACCUACAAAUUAAAGUUUAUUUUAAUAAUAUACUUUUUGUUUUCAAAAAAAAGCAAAACUCUGUGCGACCAAUUUUCGUCCUUGUGAAAAAAUAAUUUUUUUUACAUGAAUGAGAAUUCCUUUUUCUUAUUUUCUCUUUUUAUCACAUAAUGUUUUCUUUCAAAGAAAUAACAUAUACUACAAGAUGCAGCUUGAAAAGCUCCACAGUUUACAAAGAAUAGUUUUAUUUUAUUUGUGUACUUUUUAUGUUCGAAAAAACUCCAAACUCUGUGCGAUCGGGUUUCGAAACAGGGAAAAUCGAUCGCACAGAGGUUUGCUUCUUUUUGAAAACAAAAAGUAUAUUCUUAAAAUCAACUUUAAUUUGUAGGUUGUAGAGCUUUUCACGCUGCAUCUUGUAGUAUAUUUUGUUUUUUUAAUAAAAAUUAUUUCCAGAUUAAAAUAUGAAGUGCAAAGUGCAGCCAUUUAUUAUGGGGCUUAUAUUUACUUUUUACAGCUGUGUAUAUGUCGCUUGUUUUCGACUUUUUUUAAAUAUAUCUAAAACUGUUUUGGGGUCUAGUCAUACGUAGUUUUGUAGAGAAUUUCAAGCGCUAUCUCUUGAUAAUAAAAAGAACUUCAAUCAUAGGAAUUAUAGAGAAUAAAUCUUAAAAAUACUGAGAGGCUCAUUAUUUCUGUGACACCCGUUAGAUAAAAGGGGAAAAAAAAUCCAGAAGGAAAAGCCUGAAAAAGAACAUUAAUAAAAGUUUUAUUAGUUACAUUGAGAUUUAUCAAAAGUUAAGUUUUGUAAUAAAACGCCUUUACUUCAAAAUUAAAAAAUUAAGGUUUGAAAUAUUUAACCACAAAGUUCAUAUAACGCUAGAGCACGAUAUUUGCUAUUUCCUAAUAUAUGUUCAUAUUUUCCUUUUUAGACAAGAUUUACUCUACUAAACUGACAAGAGAAUAUUUUCAACUAUCCAAUUGUUUGAAGUUAUUGCCAUUUGAUCGAUCAUAAUGAAUAGCAAAAAUGUUUAUUUUAGUUUGGUUUUCCGGUCUUUACUUACUGCAGUUAUUGACAUUUUACUCAACUUUUGCUCUAUGAUUAUAGGAACCUGAAUAAUCGAAUAUCGAGCUGAAAUUUCGCCUGCCGAAAAGUUUUACAGCCACUAGAACAUUCUCGACGUUUGCGCUAGGAUAAAUAUAUUCGAAUUGAUGUGUCAACUUUUAGUUGUUUCUAGUGACUAUAGGAUGUACUCGUGGGCGAAAUUUCAGCUUGAAAUUCUAUCAUUCAGGUUCUUAUACUCAAAGGGCAAAAAUUGACUAAAAUAUGAAUGACUUAAUAAGCGAAAACCAAAUGAAAACAGAACUUUUUACUACUCAUUAUGAUCGAUUGAAUGGCAAUAGCUUCAAGUAAAACGAGAUACAAAAUUGAUCAAAACAGUACCCUGUACAACCCCUAUUUGAAACAAUCUGAUGAUGAUAAUUGUUCAAUCUUACCCCAGAAAAAAAUUCACUAACUGCUUUUUGGUCCUAAUCAAUUGUCUUUAAGUGUCAAAAAAAAAAUGAGUGAAUAUUUCGUGCCAAGACGUUCGCGCCAUAGUUUACUAUAUUUUAUUAAGAUUUUCUCUUCUGUAAGAAUUAUGAAAAACAUCAUGACAGAAAUACCUAGUAUCCUGAAUUUUCAUAUUUUUCAUUUCUUUCAGUUCCAAUAUUUCAACGUGUUAAACGUAAUUAUUUUCUUUAUAUUCUCAACUCUUCCACAUUAUUACAUACACGUAGUAUCAUCGAUUAUCGUGGUCCAUUUUUUUCUCCAUUUGUAUUUACAAAUGAAUUUUCCCUAUUAUUUAAUAUUUAUCCAUCAUUAUCAAAUUGUGGUUCAACAUUAGCUGUUUUAAAAAAUAUUGAACCAUCAUCAAAUGUACGUCUUAUUGAAGUUUAUUCAUUACCAUAUACAUGUACAACAUUAAAAGAAGUAACACGAAGAAAUAUUUUACGUUAUGUUGAUCGAAAACAAAUUAAACAAUUACGUUUACCUGACAAUUUAAAAGCUUAUCUAGCUUAUAAACCUCAAUUUACAUAA